UGUCAUGAAAACAGCAAGAACACCGAGCUCUACCUGAUAGGAUGAUUUAAAUGAAUUGGACCAAUUGGUGUUGUGGUGUGGAUUGUGUAAGAAUUUGAAAUUUGAAAUUAGAAUUUGAUGGAAGCUGUCAACCGCCAACUUCAUCCCCAACUCAUGAUAAGACCUUAUCUCUCAUUCUCUUCCAAAUUCAACCUCAAAUGGUGUUUUUCUCUUUACUCUCACUCGACGACACCCUUCUCCUCCGCUUCCGCUUCAACAAAAUCCGUAGGGGUUGGUGAUAGGGCCGCCGCCGCCAAGGUUUCCGACGCUGCUCAGCUCAAACACAACUGGUUGGCCUCUCUCUCUUGCCCUUUUCCUCAGAACCCAGACACCUUGGAUUCGACCAGUACCAAUUCGGAUUCCAGUUGGGUCAUUGGGGUCGACCCGGAUGUUUCUGGUGCUUUAGCCCUCUUGAAAGGGGAUGAUGACCCCGCUUCUUCUUCUGCUCAGGUAUAUGACUCUCCACAUUUAAGAGUUCUGGUGGGUAAAAGAGUUCGGAGGCGUUUAGAUGCAAAGUCUAUUGUUCAGUUGCUCAGCAGUUUCGAUGCUCCCCCUGGCACGGUUGCAUAUGUAGAGCAGUCGACCCCCUUUCCAAAAGAUGGAAAGCAGGGAUGGUGGAGUGGAGGUUUCGGGUAUGGACUAUGGAUUGGGAUCUUAGUUGCCAUGGGGUUUUCAGUUGUUCCAGUGUCAUCUAUUUUGUGGAAGAACAAAUUUGAAAUCAGUGGAAGCAUGUAUACAAAGGAUGAUAGCCGGAGGGUUGCGUCUGCAUUAUUUCCCUCAUUGAGUUCCAUGUUGGAAAGGAAAAAAGAUCAUGGAAUGUUGGACUGCAUUUUUCAAAGGGCCCCUUUAGCUUUGCGCUGCUGUAAUGUAGAAGACAUGUUUGUUCAUAUCACCUGUCUUGUGCUCUGUGGUAUAAACGCCUGUGAUAAUCCUUGCAAAAACAUAUUCAAAGUCUAUUCGAGUGGAGGGCUGAUGCACUACUCAUUGCCGCGUACGGUAAGGGGAUAAAGUCAGACUUAUCAUCCAAUCCAGAGAUACCAUAAAUCCUACAGAUUGCCCUUCUCCGAGAAUCACACUUCAUCCCCAUUCCUUGUUUUUGUUGCUGUUGGCCGUCUGUUAUAAACGAAAGAGAGGAAUGAUGCGUGCAGAAUGCAGCAGCUUGGGCAGAUUCAGAUAAUUGCAAAGACAGUUGGAUUAUUGGCUUCACGGCUAACAAAGGUUUUCAGGAACUAAUUCUGGCAGGGCUUUUGUGGUUUAUACUUUGGUCGGAGGCUUGAUUGGGAUGAAAAGAUGAAGAACAUUAUGUUGAUCAACGGCACUUUAAUAUAGAAGCCUGUAAUAGUUCAGCUGAGCUGGGUCUAGAACAUUAUUGUGUACUACUAUUAGCUGUUAAUCCUCAUGAGACUUGAAGGAUA